AUGGAAGAGCCGACUACUUCCCGGUUUUCGUUCAAUUCGUGUCCCAUCCAUUGGUUCAGCAUCUUCAACAUUCGCAAAUUGGAUCAAAUAUUCAGAGAAUUGUCCCAUCUAACAUGCAGCCAAACAGUUGCGCGCGCAUUUGCUUCAACCAAAGCCUUCCAUUCAAACUCGUCCAGGAAGGACGCUCUGAAAUUCCCAUCUCUUUUUAAACUGAUAAGGAACCGAUUAAACGCUGGUGAUAUUUUCUAUCUAUCUAUCUAUCUAUCUAUCUAUCUGAAUAAAGACAAAAGGAAAACUCUAGUAGCCAUAGGAAAUUACAUUCUGUUCAUCUGUCUCUAUUUUGAUCUAUCUCUUCUAUGUGUGUAUCUAUCUAUCUAUCUAUCUAUCUAUCUAUCUAUCUAUCUAUCAUUCUUUAAUAUCUAUCUAUCUAUCUAUCCUGAUACAUUUCUAUUUCUGUGUGUCUGUCUAUCUAUCUAUCUAUCUAUCUAUCUAUCUAUCUAA